AUGUCAGAAGUGGAACUGAAGCAGAGCGAGGAAUACGUCAUCGGCGGUAAACCGCAGCCCUCCAUGUUGAAGAAAUUAACUUCCGCUUCCUCCUGGUCAUCCCCCUUCAGGAGCUCAGCCAGUAAGAAAAACGUCUACCAGGAAUUCAAGGACCUGAACUCCGUUUCCCAGGUCAAGGUGCCCAAGAAGUUCGCCCUGCACCCGACCUUGGAUGCCCAGAAGAGAGAGAAGGAGCUUGCCGAGAAGAAGGAGAAGGAGAGAUUGAAGAAGGAGAAGAAGGCCAAGGAGGCCGAAGAGAAGAAAGAGAAGGAGGAACUGGCAUCCAAGGAGGCCGAAGAUGAGGCCGAUGGCGCUGUUGACCUCGAGGACGCCGAGAAGGAGGAAUUAGCCAAUGACCUUAGUGAAGAGAUCCAUGCUGCCGCAGAGGAAGACACCGCUGUGGUUGAUGAGUCCAAGAUUGAGCCAUUGGUUCCAGAGACUUUCAAGAAGGCCACCGAGGCUGAGCCAGAAACCGAGGAGAAGGCUGCCGAGGAGGAAACCGAAAAGACCGAAAAGGAGACCGUCGGUGCCGCUCCUGAGGCUGCUGUGGCAGAUGCCAAAAUCGAGCCUCUUGCUCCCGAAAGCUCCAACAAGGAGGCCACUAGCAAGGACGUUGCUGCUAAGCACAGCGAGGAAGCCAAGGAAAGCGAGGAAGCUGCCGACAAUGAGCACUCUGCUGUCAAGGAGCUCAUGGCCGAGGACCUCGCUGAAGGUACCACUGAAGGUGACGACGACAUUGUCGAGAAGGUCAAGGAGAACCCAGUUGAGGUUGACGUUCCCAACGGAGCCAAGUACGAGUCUGUCGAGUUGCCCAACCAGGAGGUUUUGGACAGGUUGAAGGACAAGCCUGUGUUGUUGAACAAGUACCAGCAGUUGAACGCUGAUGCCAUUGGCUCUGUGGCCAAGAGCUUGGACGACCCUAACAAGGUUGUCGAAUUGGGCAGUGGUUUGCGUUUGACACAGGCCCAAUUGUUGGAAAUUGCCUCUAAGCGUGUUGCUCCCGUCAUUGCCACCAUCAACGAGGAGGUGAACAAGUCCAAGAAGGAGGACGACAUCACUAAACAGAAGGAGUACGACAGCAAGGUUUCCAAGCACCAGGGCAAGCUCGACAAGGACUUCAGCAAGCAUCAGGAGAAGGUGGCCAAAACGAGAGCCACUUUCGACUCGCAGAUUGAGCAGAAGCUCCAAGGUUUGGAGAACCAGAUCCAGGCUGCUCACACUGAAGCCGAGCGUUUCGAAAAGCAGACCCACGAGGAAAUCGAAACCGCAAAGACCGACUUCCAGGAGCGUGAGGAGAAGGCUGUUGAGCAGCACGAGACCGACAAGGAGACUUUGAUCAAGAACCAUGAGGAAUUGACCGAGACCAAGAAGCAGGAGUUGGAGGAGUCCAAGACGAACCAGGAGACUACAGCCACCGAGAUUGAGGAAUUGAAGGAGAAGAAGGCCGAGUUGGAGGAGAAGAACCCCGAAUUGGCCAAGAAGCUCGAGGAGUUGACCGAGAAGUUGAACGAGCGUUCCAGCGCUUUGGACGACUUGAAGGAAAAGCACACUGGUCAGCUUGCCAUUAUUUCCCAGCAUGACGGCACCAGAGCUGACUUGAACAAGAAGAUCGAGGACAGCAACAAGGAGCUCGACGACAAGAGAGCCAGACAUGCCACCUUGGCUGGUGAGCUCGGCGUCUUGGGCGGUGUUCUUGCUGCCCACAUCCUGAAGUUGAACGAGUUGAAGGACGACAAGAAGUCCAGAACCAAGAGACUCGGAGACGCCAAGCAGGAGACCGCCAAGUGGGAGCAGGAGAAGAGGGCCAUGGCUGAAAAAACGCACAGAGAGCACGAGCAACAGCGUUUGGAGGCCAAGGAGGCUGCCGCGACCGAGAGAUACAAGAAGGAGCUCGAGGAAGAGAGAAUCCGCUUGGAGGAGGAGAAGAAGAAGGCUGACGAGGAGAAAAGAAUUCAGCAGGAGAAGCAGGAAGAAGAGCAGCGUCUUCUCAACGAAGAGAGGGAGAAGCUCGAGGAAGAGAGAAAGAGAGCCCAGGAAGAGCAGAGCAACGCCAACGCUAGUGCCGCCGCGGCCGCAGCUGCUAGCGGUAGUGCUGCUGGUCAGGCCACUGCUGACGGUAGCAAGGCCGCUGGUUCCAAAGCUGCUGUCACUUCUGAGAAUGCCACUCCCAAGCACGACUCGGGCGUGAACUCCGCCAUUGUUCCUCAGAACAAGGAAGUCUCCACAAGCGGUCAGCCUCUUCCAUCCAAUGAGGAGGAGAAGCCCGAGAAGGAGAAGAAGAGUAAGGGUGGCCUUCUUGCUGGAGGUGCCUUGGGCGCUCUUGGCGGUGGUGCUGCUGGCGCUGCUGUUGGUUCUAGCUCCAAGUCUGACGACAAGACUUUUGGCAGCUCUGCUCCUAACCUCGGUGGCUCUAAGGAGGCAUCCACCUCCAAGGAUGCAGAGGAUGCUUCUAGACCUAAGGUAAAGAAGCUGGGCUCGACCAAGAGAAGACUCAAGACGCUCUUUGGUGGUAACAAGGAAAACGAAGCCGGUGAGUCCAGCAAGGCCUUGACCGGUGGUGCCUCUGGCGGUGCAGUCACUGAAGAGGCUGCUUCCCAGCAGAACAGCAAGGGUCUCCUUAACCAGGACAGUGGAGCUGACGUUUCUUCUGGCUCGACCGAGUUGUACUCUGUGUACGAGGAGGUUUCUGACGAGGAGUUUGAGAGAAACAAGGGCAACCCAAGAUACCUUGAGGUUGCGGAGGACGAGGCCUUGAAGUUGCUCCAAAAGAACAAGGAGCUCAUACAGUAA